AUGAGUAAAAAGCAGCUUGUUAACGUUGUUAAAAGGUCCAAUAACAAUAAUAAUGGAAAGAGUAGUGGUAGUAGUAAUGAGAAUAGUACUGGUGAUAGAAGUCCCAUGGCGAACAAUAAUGGCAGCGUAGGACAGACACAGCGGCGUAAUGAAAGCGAUAAUAAGAAUAAGGAUAUGCGACUAAAAUCAUCUCCCUAUAUUAGAGAGUUUGAUUUUGCAGAUUUCUUUUACACUCCUCACACUCUCAGUGCUCUUACAAUAUUAUUAUCUGUCCUUCUAUUUAUGGUACGAUAUUAUUACUAUCCAGAUAUGAGUGUGGUAUCUAGUGUAAAACUUGGUUUCUUAGCAGCUGCAUUAUCUUUAAUUGUAUUUGGUGCUAUUCACUUUCCAGAUUCUAUUCUUAUUAGACCUCAUCCAUGUGUUUGGCGGGCAGUUUUAGUUGUUGCUGUACUUUAUAUUGCUCUUCUCUCUUUUAUGAUGUUCCAAAAUUUAAAAACGGUACGUACAAUUAUGGGAUUUUAUGAUCCUUCACUUCUUAUACCACAACCAGAGGGUCAAUAUGCAGAAGACUGUCGUUUUUAUACCUCAGAUAAUCCAUUUCUCUUUGUUCAAACAGCCUUUGAUAUCUUUAUUCUAGCUCAUUCUCUUGGAUAUUUCGUUAAAACAAUUAUUGUAAGAGAUUGGCGAGUGGCAACCUGUAUAUCUAUUGGCUUUGAAAUUAUUGAAAUUACUUUUCAACAUGUACUUCCAAAUUUUAAGGAAUGUUGGUGGGAUCAUCUUUUAUUAGAUGUACUUCUCUGUAAUGCUGGUGGAACUUUACUUGGUAUCUUGGCACUACGAAGACUACGUGCAAAGGAAUUUCACUGGACGGCAUUAAGUAGUAUUAAGGAUUACAAGGGGAAAGCGAAACGUAUACUUGGUCAAUUUGGUCCACGUAGUUUUGUUUCCUAUGAAUGGAAUGUCUUUUUGAAUCCUAAACGAUUUUUGCAGUUUUUUGCUUUGUUAGCAUUAUUAUUUAUUCAAGAUAUUAAUUGUUUUACAAUGAAGCAUAUUCUUCACAUGCCCCCUAAACAUCAUUUGGUUACGGCUCGUCUUCUCAUGUGGAGUCUUAUUGGUAUUCCUAGUGUUCGUGAAUACUAUGAAUACAUCUCCACAAAGGAAUAUCCAGGAAAACGGUUUGGAAUGACUGCAUGGGUAGGGGUUUUGGCACUUCUUCUGGAAACUAUUUUUAUUACCAAAAUGGCUAUUGAGGGUGGUUACUUUCAGGAACCGAUGCCAAGUUAUAUUGCGGUACCGUGGAUGAUUGCAUUGUGUUUAUUUAUUGUUUGGUUUAUUCUCUUCUUUGGGGCACUUAGUCUACAGCAGCGGAUGGAACGACGGGGAGUUGUUUAUAUCAUAUCUAAUAUCUUUUUUUAUCUUGGCUGUGGUUGUAUAGUGGCACUCUUUCUAAUGGGAAUGCCAGAUCUGCAGAUUGGUCGGGCAACGUUUGAAGGGUUUAUUGCCCCAUAUGAGAAGUAUAUCUUUUUCUGGAGAUGA